CACAGUACCUUAUACACCCUAGAAAAGAUUUAAGUUCGACUAGGGUUUAUAUUUUCAUUAAGCCGUCUUUGCUGUCUAGGUUUUCUCUGCAUUUUAAAUCGAUCCAACUUUCAGAAGAGCUCAAGGAACUCCAUCAGUGAACUUGAGAAUUGAAAUAUGGCGACCGUUGCUAUGAUGAAACCCGGAGCUGGGAAGGUUGGUUUUGAAGAGCCACAAGAACAAAUGCACCGUAUCAGGAUCACUCUUUCAUCCAAGAAUGUAAAAAAUCUUGAGAAAGUCUGUACCGAUCUUGUGACCGGAGCUAAGAACAAGAGGUUGAAAGUUAAGGGACCUGUGAGGAUGCCAACAAAAACUCUGCACAUCACUACCAGGAAGACCCCCUGUGGAGAAGGUACUAACACUUGGGAUCGUUUUGAACUCCGUGUGCACAAGAGAGUUAUCGAUCUUGUCAGUUCAUCCGAGGUUGUGAAACAGAUCACUUCAAUUACUAUUGAACCCGGUGUUGAGGUUGAGGUUACCAUUGCUGACCCAUGAAGCAUCUAGUAAAUGGUUAUUUGCAGAAUCUCUCUUUUAUGUUUGUUUCUAUAAGUUUUUCUGUAUCUUGAAGGGGGACAAGAAUGGUUAGUGAGUUUUAAAGAGGAUUAGCAUCUAAGCUGCUUUCACUAUUAGAGGAGUGUUUCUUCUUCUUUGCUUAAACCAUGUUAGGGAUUAAUCACUUAAAGUUUAUCUACAGCCAUCUGUUUUGAUCACUAUUAUCUUCUUUUCUUUCUUUCUUUGGGCGUGUAAUUGUCAUAUUGAACUUAAUUCAAUACACCUUGACUACUUAGAUGCUUUAUU